UCUGACGGUGCUGUCGCCAAGGAUGCCCAUUUGCAACGUGAUGUUUGCGAGGCAGUGCGUGCUGAUCGAUACAAAAACUUGGGCCAUUGUGGAUGUCUCUGUAAAUGACAUGUAUGGGCAAGGUAGCACAUCUGGCGCCAGUACAGGGAUCAACGGCGGCGUGCCCAUGGCCUGCAGGAUGCUGCCGAGUGGAUGCCUCAUUCAUGACCUGAACAACGGUCACUGCACGGUGACAUGGAUUGCGAACGUGGAGUUAGACAGCACCGUGGUGCCGGGGCUGUACCUUCCGCUGCUCCGCUCAGGCCACGCCCUCGGCGCGCGCCGCUGGCUCACAUCGCUGCAGAGGCACUGCCAAUACCUCGCCAUUCUGCGCUUAAACCCAACUCGCUACGUCGGCAAAACAUCAUGCGCCCCCAAGGCGAAAAACAAUGUUCUGGAGCUGGCGCGGAAGAUGACCGCACGCUUCUGCGCCACCCUUUGUGGCGCCGGCCCAGGGGGGCAGCCAUGGAGCAGCGUUGAGGAAUGGCGCGGCAAAUGUGCUGGUGGCAUUGGCCGAACCGAGAGCUUCGAGGUGGCUGUGCGCGUCGCAACUCUGCACACUGCUGCUAACAAUGCACAGGGACUGCAGGCUGGACUUGUGGUCUCCGCUGCCACCACCGUGUGGCUUCCUGGUAUUCCGGCCAAUCACGUCUAUGUCUACCUCUGCGAUGGGAGUCGCCGUGCCGACUGGGACACCUUCUUCAAUGGCGUGCCUGUGCAGCAGGAGGACUAUUUUGCGCCCAUCCAGUUUCCUCCUCAUUACGCCGUCUCCGUCCUCCGCCCUGAGGCUGCUGACGGAGCCACCCACAAGAAGGUGAUGCUGCAGCAGAUGCGCGGCGACCAAUCGUGCAAGCUGCUCGCGUACGCUCCAAUUGACGAGCAGGCCCUGAAGCAAGUCAUGCGUGGAGGCAGCCACGCCGCUGUCUCUCUCCUGCCCUCCGGGUUUGUCGUCCUCCCUGACGGCCGCGCCGACGAGCGGAUCCAUCCAGGUGAUAACAAGCGCCCCUUUGGUUCUGCCACCACGCGCUACAGGAACAACGAUGGGUGUAUCGUCUCCGUUCUGUUCCAGAGAUUCCUGGGCGGACCAGCACCGCAGGAGAACAUCACCAAGUACAUCAUCGACCAGCUCGGAACUCUGGUGUCCCAUUCCGUCGUGAAGAUCAAGGAAGCCGUCCAUGCCAGAGUCGUCGUCACUGUCACCGCCUGAUAGAUGCGACUUCUAGAGUUUGGGAUUCAUACUCCCUCGAAUAAAAGACAAUCAGAAUAAACUAAAUUCUAGACUUUAUUUCAAGUUCCUUUCAAAGACUAGAUGGAUUGGAGUGCCUUCAAUCCAUAUGCUGUAAUAAGCAUUGCACGGUACGUGCAAAUGCAUUUGCGUUUUCCAAACAAAUUUAUCU